CAGGUUACAGUAGUUUCACAACACUGAGGAGACUGGUUAAUGUUUCUGCUGUGUGCAAGUUAUACCGGGGCUGGGAGCAACUGUCUUACCGUGUGUCAUGCUUCUGGCUGGAUAAUCAACAGUCACCGUCACUCCCCUCUUUGAGAAGGAUCUUACGUUUUGAGAGCUGUCAAAACAUUGGCACGUCACUUCGCACAGCUGCGGGUCCGUCAACUCACAGAGUAACGGCGGAAAUUUAAGCCCGUAAUGUUCAACCCACACAUCCAUCAGCAGCAGCAGCAGCAACAGCAACAGUUUCACCAGCACCUGCGGCAGCUACAGCAACUUUUCCAGCAGCAGCCUCCGCCUCCUCCGCCGCCGCAGCCUCCGCCGGGGCAUCAUGUCGCCCAUCACCACCACCAGACACCGCGAGCCAUUCCUGUGCCUCCCCAGACAGCCCCUCCUCCCAGGAUGGUCAACCUGUGCCAGGCGACCCAGACAACCAUUAUUGCCCCCAAUCCCAUGCUGCAAGGGGCCAUACUGAUGCAGCAGAUGCAGGGUAACAUGCGGAGCUUUGGGAUGGGGGGACAGCAGUUCCGUCAGUUCUUCACAGCUGGGGCCAGGUCAUCCCUGCUCGGGCCGGUUCCCAUGGGCAUGGCCAUCAAGUCCCCCAUCAUGGGUUUCCCAGCUGCACGGCCUUUUCACCCACAUGCUCGCUACUUCAACAAUACCACCGCCACCACAGUCCCUUCCUCCUCCUCCUCAUCCACCACCACCACAGACACCACAGCUCGCCAGCCAGACAGGAAGCGAGACAGCGAGCAGAUGGCAGCAGGGAGCACAGACGACCAGCCAGCAGCUAGCAGUACCAAUGAACCCGAUGAUAAGUCUGAAACAGGUACAGCUGCAAUCUGGUCAGCACUGAAAGAUGGUGCCGUGGGAGGAGCGGAUGGACCCACACAGAUCUUGGAGGAACAGCUUGAAGAACCUGCAGUGAAGAAACAGAGGACAGAGGGGCCAGAGACUAUCACUAUUGCAGAUGCAGAUGGGGAGGUUCUUUCUUCAGAGUGUAACAGCAACACAGAGGACAACCAGCCUGGAGAUUGCAUCAUUCUGGAAGAAGGAGGCUCUACGGGGGAAUCAGAUGUUGUUGAGGCGCUGGAAGAGAGCAGAGCUGAUGAGGUGCACAGCUGUUUGUCUGCCCUGUCCCCCUCUGGCAGGCUGAGUGAAGAUGACCAGCAGGCUCAUUUACCCCCAGAGGAGACGUCACAGGGAAAAGACGCCCCCUUGAGUUCACCAGGCAACCAGGACGAAGGGGAGGAGGGUUCGGCGGAGGGCGCCAACAAGUUCUACUGCUACCUCUGCAGCAUUACCUGCCACAACCAGCAAAAUUUCAGGAGUCAUAUGAACAGCGUUUCCCACCAGCAGAGGAUGAUGGAGAUCCAACACAUGAGCAACGCCUGUCUGGUCACGCUGCUGCCUCGAGUGCAGGAGUCUCUACAGGGAGCAAACAAAGAUGGAGAGAGAAAAGCAGACUUGAAGCGUUGGUGUGCCACCUGUCACACCCACUUCACCAGUAGCAUCAUGGACCACCGUCGCACUGAGGAGCACAAACUUGCAAGUAGAACAGCCAUCUCCUCCUGCACAGUCUGCAAGAAACACUUCAGGACCUCCCAGAUUUUUGUGGAGCACUUGCAGUCCCAUGAGCACAGACAAAAAGUGGAGAAGCUCCAACAAAAGGAGGGCUGUGAGGCCUUGGCUAAGCUAACUGCCAUGGACACAGACGGCUUUUCUUUGGAAGAGGAGGAGGGCAGUGAGGUGGAGGAGGGAGAGGAAAGACAGGGGAAUGAAGUAGACCAAGACUGCUCAGAGAAACAGGAUGGCUGGUCCUCCGUUAAAGAAGUGACUCUAAAGAGUAUGGCCAGUGAUGAGCAGUAUGACCCUGACACAGUCUACGGGUCCAGUUUUUUUGUUCCAGUUGCGGGUUUUAUUUGCAGGCUCUGCAACAAGUUUUACCAUUUUGAAUCUCCUGCCCUGCACACUCACUGCAAAUCACUGACGCACUUCGAGAACCUCAAGAGGUACAGAGCGUUGCUCAGUCAAAAGGGUGAAGCUACUGAAUCCUCCAGAGAAUCUCCCCUAGCUACAGACAGCCUCAGACCUGUAACAGGAACCACCACAGACUGGUCAGAUGAAAACUCCCUCUCUGAUGACACUGGCUUGGUGACAAACGUGAACUCCAUGCAGCCCGUCAUCACACUCACCCGACUGAAAGUGCAGAGAGAAAACCAGCAACAAGAGGAAGAAUCAGAACCUGACCUGACCUCACAGGACCUCACCACCACCUCAGUGACCUGCACUGGCAGCACAGACCAAGACCUCAGCCUCCACAGCAAAGAGGAAGGCACCACAUCCCAGGCGUCUGUAGUUCAGGAGAGUCCCAUUGAGCUGCCUGCUGGCAGCAGAGAAGAGCCAGACUCUGAACCGGCAGCUGCUGCAGAGGAUUUUAAUGAAGAGGAGGAGGAAGAGAGGGAAGCUCCUGCUGUCACAGGGAAAAAGAACAGCACAGGAAAGGCAAAAACCACGCCCAAACGCAGGUCAGGGAGGGCCACGAACAGACGCUGAGUCACAGAUGCGUUGUGGAAAGACAAGAAACCUGAUGCGACCUCAGCACAGGAUAUGUCAGAGUUUGAAGAGGUGCUUUCACAAAAGAGCGACCAAGAAAUGAACAGCCCAGCCUCUCUUCAUGUUGGAAAGUCUGGAUUAAACACAAACUGACAAAUAGGAAGACAGUACAUUGUAGCUGAACAUGACUUGUCAUGUGAAUUGCUCUCCCAGGGUGGGAAAUUAACACCUCACAGUUAUUAAGUGUAUUGAUAGUGGGUAAGCCUCUUAAUGUUGGCUCCCAGUGAGAUAAUUAUGUUCUUGAAUAGGUUAUUUAUUAAAUUACAGAAUAAGAUAAGAAGAAGAUAAGAAUUAUAAAGUAUAAACAUCUAGUCCAAAACAAACCUUCUCCAUUCAUCCAUUUGAAUAAGGAGAAGCUCCUUAUUUUGAAUACCCACUAGAAAACCCAGAGUAGACACACAAUGCAGUGUCUAGUUCUGUUCCACAUACUAAUAUAUGAUUAGGUUUUGAGUAUGAGGUGUGUUCACACUGUAAAAGUGACAAAUUACUAAAAAAAGAAAAAAAGAAAGAAAGAAAAAGCUUGAUUGUUUUUUGAUGGAUACCGUUCUGCCACAGCUGCAAAACAUAAAAAUAGAUUGUGGAUGAAAAUAAAAUUGCAGGUAAAAUAGAUUCUUGAAUGCCCCAGGUAACCGAAAAAUAACUAUUAAAACGUUGUGUUCCAAAGUCGCAGCUAGAUUGACUUGCAUUGGGAUAUUUCAGCCUGGACCACUGUAGCUGAUCGAUGGAUUGCCAUGAAAUUUUCUACAGACAUUUCUGGUCCUCGGGAUGUCUGCUGCUAAAUCUGACUUGUCCUCUACCGCCAGCAUUCUCACUUAUCCAGUUAAAUACAGCAUGUACGUAUUUGUACACACAUUCAUGGUCCCCAGAUGAUAAUUCCUCUGGACUUCAUGACUUUUCCUUUGGCACAACCAUGAGGUUCACAUUUCUUGGCUUCUCAAUGAAAUGUCUUGACAUUUGUCAAUUGGAUUUCCUUGAAAUUGAAUUAAUGAUCCCCGCAGGAUAAACUAUAAUAACUUUGGUGAUACCUUAGUUUUCUUUUAGCACCAUCAGCAGGUCAAACUUCCAAACUGUUCAAUAAUUAGUUUUUGACUUAAUACUGACUAAAUACUAGAUAACCUGAGCUUUACAAAGCUGUAGACUUUAAGCCUCAUUUGGACACUAACUGCAGAGAUUGUUGCAGUCUGCUGUGACAAUUAGUAGUAGUAGUAGUCUUUACAAGGAGUAUCUACUUUGGAACUGGGGCACAUUGACUGAUUUAAAAUAAUAUAAGCUAAAGACAAAUUAACAUAAACAAAAAAGGUGUAGUAUGACAUGAAGUUUCUAAAACACUUGAGAACACUUUUUAGGUUUCCCCAUCUUUAACUGGAAAUCUUUUAUUCACCCACAUUUCAUGCCUAAGUAUUGCAAUCACUGUAAUUACCUCUGACCCUCUACAGUGUCCAGUCUUUUUAAAUGUGGCUGUGUUUAAGAAAAGGCAGUGACUGAUAGAUUUUCUCACCACAAUGUUAAUUUCCCACCCUGCAGUGUCCUGGAGGAACAGGAGGUUGGCUGACUGUCAGUUUUUUUGUUUUUUUUUUGCAAAUUCUCUAGCGAGCUAGAUGAAUGAUUGUUAACUUAUAAUAACCUACAGGGGUAGAAGACUGAUGGUUAAGUGGAGACGUUUUCCACAUUGCUAACCACGUAGCACACGCUUUUAGCGAGCUGAAAUGUAGAAUGUAACCAAAUUAAGUGUUUGCGCAGGUGACAGCUUUUGAUUAUUAUUUUUUUUAAAAGUGUUAAAAUGGUACUUUGGCUUGAGUACUGAGAAACGCUCAAUCUUGAAACUGAUAAUAGCUUUGUUCGGGGCGUUUAAUCAUCUUUUUUUCUCUUUUUUUGACAUUUUAGGGUCAGGUUGAUGUUGUGCUUGGGGCAAAAAAAAGUUGUCAGCAGCUGUUACCUUUUCAUUGUAACAGUACAGCACAGAUUCUUAUUGGCCUACUAUCAGCAAUAGGGUUUUUUUUUGUAUGAAGAAUCUAAAAACUCCCAGCUGAACCUAUAGGAGCUCAAGAAAACACCUUUUACAUCUGCAUACAUUCAUUUGCAGAAGAAAACCCCUGUAUUCUUGAAAUGUUAAGGCAGCUCUUAAAUGAGCAUCUACAGCAGCAGACAGCUUCAUCAACAUGUCAGGGGCAAGAAAUGAAAGGCUUCUGCUAACAGCCAGGCAGAGAGUACAAAUUAUAAGCUGUCGCUGACUCCUCACGUUCACAUAUCUCUUAUUUUGAAAUUUGAAAGCUUGACAUAUGCUGCUUGAAGCUUAAAAGACUGCAAAGUAGUUGUUUGUUUGUUUUUUUUCCCUUCUGGCUGGAUGUUGGAGGUUGCAUCUUCAUAAACCCACAUCAGUCUUUCAGCUCAGAAUUCAUAAAGAUAAAAGCAUUUGCAUAGAUCUGAUUGUGUUUGGUGUCACAUUCCCAUGGACAUUUGUUAAGUGUGCCUACAUUUAAAAUGAAAUCCUGUCAUAUUUCCAUGGAUAUAUAAUGAUCCUAUGGGAAUUCACAGCACAAAAAUAUAGCAAAAGUGGUGUCUGUGUUUAUUUGCCUCCAAUUUGCAAUUACUUUGAUUUUUUUUCUUUCCCUCUUAAUGAAGAUGUUUUAGUUGGAAUGCACUGAACAGUUGGAGUCACACUUCAGCUAAAGGUCCCAAUAUUAUCUGUAAGGAAAAACCAUGAAGUGUCUGUAGGUAUUUAAAGUAGCAAACAAUCCUUACAAAUGUUCAACUCUGAUGUGAAGCACCAGUGGACUAUCCCAGUCAUAGACUAUAUAAAUGUAUAAUUUUGGUUCCAGCAUUUCAGCAGUCACAUGCCACCACAAGGCAUGUGUAUACAAGGAUGUUUUACUUCCUUCUUCACAACUAGUGUGUUGCUCUGGAAACAGUUCAUCCUCCAUGUUAGAGAAGGAUAAUUUAAACCACAAAAGGCUGGCUGACACAUGUAGCAACUCUGGUAGUCAUGGUCACACGCUUAGUAUUGUAUCAUGCUCUGUCUGAAGGAACGAGACAUGAUCUUUAGCUCUGAAGCAGAAGCAGCAGAGAGAGAAAAAGGACAUGUAAAGGAUAAUUUCAAACAAAGCUGUAUGUUUCUUAUUGUAUUUUUAUUCAGCUACUGACAAACUGAAAUGAACAAACAGGUGAUGUUUUCUAAUUGCUGGAAGUUUAAUGUAUUUUUGGAUGUUUGUUUUCUGUUUGGGGGUCAUUUUAAUUUAUAUUAAAAUGUCUGACAAUUCC